AUUGAUGAAGAGGAUUUAUUGGAGGAUCAGGAGAUUACAACAUACAAUGAUGACAGAGAUAUGUCCUAUCAUGUUUAUAGAUGGAACAUUUUAUGUGAAUCUUCCCAACAAGGUAGUUUCUGGUAGUGAAGUUUCUGGUAGUGAAGUUUCAGUUUCUGGUAGUGAAGUUUCUGGUUGUAAUUUAUUCCAAGCAUUGACAGGCUCAAGUGCAUUAGGUAUUGCUGGAAGUGAAAUGAUGAAACUGUAUAGCCAAGAAAUGGACAAGAAAAAUGCAAAAAAGCCUUUGGAUACAUACAAGAGUGAUCAAGACCUGUCAGAUGAGAAAGUUAGCACUGAAUUAAUGAACAAAACGGCCUUUCAAUCAAAUGUUAUACACCGUCCAGCAUGUAACUUCGGUGCUACUAGUCUUUUUACAAGUAUUAAGAAUUUAAUAAUAGUCCUGAUGUGUUUUGCAAUGGUGAACCCUGCAGCAGGUGGCCAUGUGAUGGAUAAGGGAAAAGUGGUUGACAAAGAUGGAGCAGUUUAUCUUAAAUUCCCACUGUUAGAAUCUUGGUGCCAAAACCCCGAGCAAUCAACAGACACCUGCCCAAACCAAAAAUGUGUGGCAUUAAAGGUUAAACACUGUCAAUAUAAGUUUCCUGCUGGAGAAAAGGUCCAAUGCUUGGAAAGUGAAGUCGGAAUUGUAUCUUUUUGCAUUCCAGAGGAUGUUAGCUGUGAAGGUAUGACAGACACGUAACUGAGAUUGAAAAAAAGAACGUGUUAAUAUAUAUAGGCCAUUUUCAG